AUGUACUCCCGGCAGUGUGGGGUCUGCAAGGACGCCGCUAUGCGCUUCGAGCAGCUGCGUAACGAGGCUCACCGGGCAAAGGCACGCGUCGUGUUCGUUCAGCACAACGUGGAAACGGAUUACGGGGACAAAAGCGAUUUGUCAAGGUUAUACAACGUGCGUGCGGUGCCCUGCUUCCUCUUCUUUGACGGUGGUGCAGUGGUCCGUCGCCUCUCCCUGCGGGACAUUCGCCGUUUGACCGGCCCCAAGCCCUUUGUUCAGGCGGCGCUAGCGGAGGAUGUACGGCGGUUGCGGUCCACGUUCCUGGAGCUGAAGCAACUUCAGAUAGUAGCCACCGGGAACCGUUACCCGGGGCUCAUAACCUGUUGGCCACGGGGCGACAUGGCACCCCUUCACACCAACAGUGUUGACCAUGGCGGCUUCCAGGACCAGGGAGCACGGCCGCCAAACUACUGGGUGCACUGCUCGUGGCUACGGGAUUUAGAGCCCCUGCCCCCAUGCAGCCCCCGCACCCAGCAUGAAAACAGGGUAAAGGUGAUACAGCAAGGCCACCAGCUGCAGCAGAGGACCGGCUCUGUUCAGUCACCUAUCAGCAGCCUCAGCUACACCUCUUUCCGGGAGAAGCUCGCGGCCAUGUGCAGCGCUGCGGGCAUCAAGCGCGGAAUCAUGCCGCACUCCAUGCGCAUCGGGGGAAACAGUGCGGCAGCAGCCAGAGGGGUACAUGAAGAGGCCCGCAAGGCCCACGGCCGCUGGAAGACGUACGCAAUGGCGCAGCUAUACACCCAGCUGGAAGACGAUGCCGCACUGGAAGCCACACGCAACCUGGCCCUCGCCUGA